UGUUUUUGAGUGAGCGGCUUUGGCAUGUGCAGCAUUUUGUGCAGCGUGUUCAAAUAAUUCCUCUUCCUUUUCUGUUUUUGUGUUUCUGUGUGUGAAAAACUUGAACAACGAUGCCACCAAAACAAGAUAAAGGAAAAAAAGAUCCCAAAGGUGGGAAAGCCAAAAAAGAAGGAGGUGGAGGUGGAAAAGCCAAAAAGAAGAAGUGGUCAAAAGGAAAAGUUCGUGACAAGUUGAACAAUUUGGUCUUGUUCGAUAAAGCAACAUAUGAUAAAUUUGUAAAAGAAGUUCCAUCAUAUAAAUUGAUAACACCAAGUUUAGUAUCCGAACGUCUUAAGGUUCGAUCAUCAUUAGCUAAACGUGCAUUAAGUGAAUUACAUGAAAAAGGUCUUAUUCGAUUGAUCGAAAAACAUCAUUCACAAAUGAUUUUUACCCGUAACACUAAAGCAGAUGAUGCACCCGAAGUUGAAGAAGUCGAAGAACAACCGACCAAGGGUAAAAAAGGCAAACAAAAGGCCUAAAUUUAUUCUACAUCAUUAUUUUUUGGCUU